AUGAAGUCUUUGAAGGCGUUGGUGACACUCUUAGGAAUAUGUUAUUGUUUUAACAAUAUUCUUACUGUCGAUGCAGGUCGUUUGGCUUCGAUGAAAGUGGUCGAGCGCCUAAAAGAGAUUGAACCGAAACAUGCCGACAUUAAGUCUCGCAUAAUUAACUUCGUCUACUCGGCAAAGUACAACUUGGUACAAAAAACGGACCAGUUUUACAAACAAUUGUUUGCGACAAAGGAAGUAUCUCUCGACAGUGCGAUAGCACUCGAGGAUGAGCUUCUAUAUCAACUCGAGCAUCAGUCGACAUCGGUUGAUCGCAGUUGUCUUAACUUCCUUAAAAUAAUUGUGGAAAACAACAUGAACGUGGCGGGUGUUGGAUACACGAACUGUGUUAACGAUGUGGAACGGGGGAUAGAUAUGGAGCUGGAGCGUGCCCAAAGGUUGCUGGAAGUGGAUGAGUCUGAAAUUUUCUACCAUAGUCUGUUGGACGUUUUCGAGGGUGAGAAUAUUAUUGCGGGUCCCGAUGCAAUCUUGGCAAAGCUGAAGAGCAAGGCGGACGAAAUUGAUGGCUUUGCCAGUGACUUCUUUACGAGCAUAUUUGGGAUUGUGGAACAGUUUUCCUCCAGGCUGUGGGACUUGAGAAAUGGUUAUCAAUCGUGCUUGAACGUUAAUGAGUCUAUAUUGAAAGCAACAUCGGAUGCGUCGAAAAAUCAGCUGAUAAGCAUUUGUUUGGGAUCGAUCGUUAAAUAG